GGGCUGGGCAGCAUGUGCACCCUCUGCCCAUCCCCUUCCUGGGCCCCUGCUGCAGCAGAGCAUGGACUCCCACUUCCCCUUGCCUCAUGUACCUAGGGUGGCCAUGCCUGGGGUCUGUGUUGCACAGUGUGCAGGGUGAGGAGCAACUGCAGCCCUGCCUGGACUGCGCUGUCACCACCAUUUUCUGGGAACUCACCUGGCACCAUGAUGUCACUUCCCUCUGGCUGGACCCUGCGGCUCCUGGGGACCCUGGUACUCAUGCUGCAGCCUGGGGAAGCUCUCAGUUAUUGUGUUGAUCCACCUAACAUUCCCAAUGCUGUUCGGAAGACUGAUGUUGGCACAUUGAUUCCAGCCGGGAUGGUGAUUAAAUAUAGCUGCCGCCCAGGUUAUCAGCUGAUUGCUGGAAUUAGGCAAGGGCAUGUUACUUGUCUUCAAAAUUCGACCUGGUCUUCAGCUCUGAACUUUUGUCAAAAAGUUCGUUGUCCAGCUCCAGAUGUUAACAACGGAACACAGACACCGAUGCCUAGACCUGGAGAGGAGACCUAUGCACUUGGGGACAACGUUACAAUUGAAUGUGAUUUGGGGUAUGGUAUCAAAGGCAAUAACAACGGAAAUGUUCAGAUUCACUGUAAACAUGAUGGCACAUGGGAUCCUGCCGUACCAGUUUGCGAACCAGUUUGUUCCCAACCCCCGAACAUCUCCCAUGGCCAGCACAAUGACUGGGGCAAGAGAGUUUUUGUUGUUGGCUCAUCGGUAACUUACAAAUGUGACAGAGGCUUCUCACUUGUUGAAAAAGCCUCCAUUCAGUGUGUCGCUGGUGAUGAGGUCUCUCCAACCUGGAGCGAGCCUACCCCUCAGUGUGAAGAGACUCAGUGUCCAGUCCCACGUAUUCAACAUGGAAGCCUGAAAUCUCCACUUCCACAUAACUACACGUACAGAACCAGUGUAACGUUUCAGUGUGAUCCUGGUUACAUCCUCAGGGGCUCUGAUAGGAUUCAAUGCCAAGCUGAUGGCAAGUGGUAUCCGCAGCUACCCGUUUGUGACCUAGUUUGUGCCCAACCCCCGAACAUCUCCCACGGCCAGUACAAUGACUGGGGCAAGAGAGUUUUUGUUGUUGGCUCAUCGGUAACUUACAAAUGUGACAGAGGCUUCUCACUUAUUGGAAAAGCCUCCAUUCAGUGUGUCGCUGGUGAUGAGGUCACUCCAACCUGGAGCGAGCCUACCCCUCGUUGCGAAGAGACUCAGUGUCCAGUCCCACAUAUUCCACAUGGAAGCCUGAAAUCUCCACUUCCACAUAGCUACACGUACAGAACCAGUGUAACGUUUCAGUGUGAUCCUGGUUACAUCCUCAGGGGCUCUGAUAGGAUUCAAUGCCAAGCUGAUGGCAAGUGGUAUCCACAGCUACCCGUUUGUGACCUAGGGAGAUGUUCCUACCCGCCAGUGCUUGCAUACGCUGACAGAAGCGAUCAGAGAGAGUUUCUAGUUGGUACUGUAGUGACCUACUCCUGCAGACCAGGUUACACACGCAUCCCUGGAGUAUCUUCUCAUGUCACUUGUUUUACAAAUUUUACCUGGUCUAAAGUCUCAGAACUAUGUCAGAAGACUCAUUGUCCAAAGCCAGUGGUUGAAAAUGGAAAACAGAUCUCUCCAGUGGAAACUGAAUAUACGUAUGCCAACCGUGUUGUGUUUCAAUGUGAUCCUGACUACAUCCUCAGAGGCAGUGAGGGGAUUGUGUGCCGGAGCGAUGGGAUGUGGCACCCUCCAGUACCAUUUUGUGAUAAAACCUGUGGCCGACCUCCAACUCUCAUGAAUGGGCUGCACAAUGGUGGGAUGAAGGAAUAUUUCCCCUAUGACUCACAAGUGACCUAUAGUUGCGGACAAGGUUUAUCACUGAUUGGAGAGUCCUCCAUUUAUUGCACAUCUGAUGGGGUAAAUAUGAUGUGGAGCGGGCCUGCCCCGCAGUGCAAAGUGGUUCGCUGUCCGAGGCCAGAGGUUGAAAAUGGAAAAAUGAUGAGUACAAGACAAGCGUUCACAUACAAUGUCACUGUUCGGUUCUCUUGCAAGGAAGGCUACCUGCUCCAUGGCAGUAGAGUGAGUCAGUGUCAGGAUGACAACACCUGGAAUCCUCCUGUGCCAAGUUGUCAGCCAGUUCAGUGUUCAAAGCCAGAUGUGCAGAAUGGAAGAAUGGUCAAUGCAUUAGAUGAGAAAAUGUGGUACAAUGUAAAUGAAAGCAUUACUUUCAAAUGCUCUCCUGGGUACCAUUUUUCAGACCAUUGGUACCUGCCUACAACAGACAGCUUGAGCAUUACUUGCUCCGCCAGCGGCAACUGGACAGCAUUACCCAAAUGUAAAAAGCAAAGCAAUACUGAAGAAUGCACAGGAGCACGUGAAAGUAAAGAGUUUCUCCAUUGUGAUGUGCCUCUGACAGAACUGAGAACCCUGCUGGAACUGAAGAAACUGUAUCUGGAGAUUCAGAAACUGAAGCGGGAGAUUAAAAAAUUGGCUUUUGUUCUGUCCACAGGUGACUGUGGGCCCCUGCCAAAGCUGAAUUAUGCUAUCCCCUCUGAUAUGGAUUGGAUAGAGGGCUUCCCUGUUAACACACAAGUUACAUACAAGUGCCGUGAUGGCUUUUUAAAAAUCCCUGGAAAGUCAGACACUGUAGUGUGCCUUUCAAACUCGCAAUGGUCAAACAUCAACGAGUUUUGUGGUCGUAGCUGUGAUGUCCCAACAAGGUUAAAGUUUGCUGCCUUAAGUAAGGAAGAUGAGAUGAAGAAUUACUAUCCUGCUGGGAUCACUGUGAGAUAUACUUGUCGCCCAGGGUAUGAGAACAUCACAGAAAUGCUUCUUGUUAGUACUUGUCUUGACAACUUAACAUGGUCAGAAGCCCCUGAGUUUUGUAGAAGGAAAUCAUGUGGUCAUCCAGGAGAAGUAUUCCAUGGCAGAGCUGUUCAUAAAACAGAAUUUCUGUAUGGUGCAAAAAUAGACUUCCUCUGUGAAGAUGGGUACAAAUUAAUUGGGCGGCCUUUCAUUCAUUGUGUGCUUAAGGGAGAUGAAGUUGAAUGGAGUGAACUUCCAACUUGCCAAGCGAUUACUUGUUCUUCCCCUCCUUACAUUUUCAAUGGAAUGUAUGAUGGCAGGGGUGUAGAAAAUUUUGCUUAUAACUCAACAGUAACUUACAGAUGUGACCGUGGGUUCCAGCUUAUUGGAGCUGCCUCCAUUUAUUGUACAACAAAAGAUAAAACAAGUGGAAUCUGGAGUGGACCUGCUCCUAAAUGCAAAGACACAACUGCACGUGUCCUAUUAAAAGGAAAUGAAACAAGUGGUACUUUCUCAGGUUCUUAUAAUACAUCCAGUGACAUGGUACCCGAGCAGCAUCUGAAAAAGAAAAUAAAAAGCAGACCGUAUUAUGUAUCACAAUUCCAAAACAAAUAUUUCACCAUCACUUCCUCCCGUUCUUCCUCAUUUCCCAGUGGUGACCUGAGGACGCGAGAUAAUUGGAUUACUCCACCACUGUUCAGAUUUGCUGUACCCCUGUACGUUAAUCGGAACUAUUGUUCUGUCAGAACAAAUGAAAGAUCUAUUUGCCGCCAAAGUUACAUGGGAAUCUCUGGAGUAUUACCCAGCACCACGUGCUUUCAAAACUUAAAAUGGUCAGAAGUCCCAGGGUUCUGUGGAAGUAGCUGUGAUGAUCCACCUUACAUUAGUAAUACUUUUCGAGAUCAUUCUAACAGCAACUUGUUUCCGGUUGGGACUGUAGUGAAAUAUAACUGUGUGGGAGGUUAUGAGUUAAUCCCUGGAAUAUCCUCUGCAAGUGUUACCUGUCAAAAAGAUUUUACAUGGUCUGAACAGCAAGAAUUUUGUCAAAGAAUUAGAUGUCCAUCUCCAGACAUUCACAAUGGAAGAGCGAGACCUAGAAAAGAACCCUACGUGUAUGAGGACAAGAUUCGCAUUGAAUGUGAUCGCGGUUACGCCCUCAAAGACAAUUAUGGAUUGAUGAAGUGUGAACGUAAUGGUGCAUGGCAUCCUCCGUUACCAAUUUGCGAACAAGCUUGUGAGCCACCUGCACGCAUCUCUAAUGGACGGGACAACCGCGGCUGGAAAAAUGUUUUCCUUGUUGGCUCAAGUGUGAGCUACUCCUGUAACCGUGGUUGGUCACUUGUUGGAGUAUCCUCCAUUCGAUGUACAGCUGGUGAUGGGGAAACUCCGCGCUGGGAUGCCCCUGCCCCUGAGUGCAAAGAGAUUCCUCGUUGUCCAAACCCAGUGAUUCAAAAUGGAAAACAGAUCUCUAUACGUGAAACUGAUUAUACAGUUGGAAACCAUGUUGAGAUUCAAUGUGAAUCUGGCUACAUCCUCAAAGGCAGCAAGUCGAUUGAAUGCCAGGCAAAUGGGACGUGGGAUCCUCCACUGCCAUCUUGUAUUAAGGCCCUGAGCCGGGGCGGCCCCGGGGCUGCCGCAGAAGCUCCGCAGCCUUUGCCCCGCGAGUGGCCCCCAGCUGCUGCCGCUGCUGCUGCCAUGGUCUCGGCUCCGCGCUGCCCGCCCGCCGCCCAGGGGCUCCUGGCGCCGCUGCUGCUGCUGCUGCUGCCUCUGCCCGGGGCUCGCGGAAAACCAUGUAAAGCACUAGAACUAGAAAAUGGCAGAGUUGAUUUGACCGAUCGCCGGUUUGGUGCAACAGCAAACUUCUCCUGCAGUGAAGGCUACAAAUUGGUUGGACCAAUUUCCACCCAGUGUGUGCUCAUGAGAAAUGGAGUUGAUUGGGAUAAGGAGGUUCCACUUUGCCAAGCAAUAUCUUGUCGUCCACCUCCUGAUAUCACCCAUGGAUCCCAUAAUGCUCUGAUUGGAGACGAGUUUUCCUUUGGCUCAGCAGUAACUUACAAAUGUGACCAGGGCUUCUCUCUUAUUGGAGAGGCCUCGAUUCAUUGUACAACAAAAGAUAAUCUCAAUGGAGAGUGGAGUGGGCCUGCCCCUGAAUGCGAAGUUGGGUGUCUGAAGCCAGAGGUGCAAAAUGGAAACCUGUUCAAUGCAGUGGAUGAAAAAAUGUGGUACAGUGUGAAUGAAACCAUUUCUUUCAAAUGCUCUCCUGGGUACCAGUUUUCAAGCCAUUCCCACCUGCCUGCAACAGACGGAUUUAGUAUUACUUGUUUAGUGGACGGCAGCUGGACGGCAUUACCUAAGUGUAAAAAGCAAAGCACUUCUGAUGUGUGUGAGAUGGUUCCUGAGAACAAAGAGCUCAAAGAGUGUGGUGUGCCUCUGGAGAAUCUGAGACUUCUGCUGGAAGUGCAGAAACUGUAUCUGGAGAUUGAGAAACUGAAGCAGGAGCUAAAGUCACAAUGAAUAGCUGAGACCUGUAAUCCAUAUUGUGAUAAACUGUCUCCCCUUUGGAUGCAGUUCAUUUCAUUACACUACACACAGGAUGAUUUUUACUGAUUUCAUAGAACUUGAUGAUACAGCUAAUAACUCAGAAUAGGUAAUAAAUCAGGGAUCAGAUUUCCUUAC